AUGCAUUAUUGGUUUUUAAUAAAGACUAUUAUUAUUAUUAUUAUUAUUAACCAGGGUAAGGAUGGUUUUCUUGUCGACCCAGACCCAGAUUUAAUUUACCCAAAACGAAAACUCGCAAAGCAAAAUGAAUCGGCUGCCACAAACACUGCCACAAGCUCUGUUAUCACGUUUUCGACUGCUAAUAAUUUUAGUUUUCCUCAACAUGGCUGGGGAAUUAAUUUUGAAAAAAUGCCACUUUUUACGAAAGCUGAGAUGAAUCGUUUCAUCUCUAACAGCGGAAAGCGCUUGGGCAGCACUCAUCAUUCCGUCCCGACAAGCUGGAGGAAGGGAAAGACAUUUUGGAAGACGAAUAUCUUAAAAACAGUGAAUGUACCAGUGACGACAAACGUUUCUCUUUUCGCUGCAAGUGUCACCAUUCCUUCAGAAAAAACGAU